AUGUCUAACAGUGUAUCCAGUUCGCCAAAGUCUGCAGUUUUAGUCUCGCCUGGCAAGAAUGCAGAGAUUAGUCAUGGAAUAACGACCGAGUCACUGGCUGCGGCCCCAUCGCCUACGGUUGAUACCAAAAACAACAUCAUCAACAACAGCAACAGCAACAACAAUUCACUGUCAGUUCGCUCUAGAGUGGAAAGACUAAGUAUAUGUGAGGGCACGGAAACGAAAGAUGAGAUUUUGAGCAAACUUCACCCGCCUAGCUCUAGUAGCAGUAGGGAUAGUGUUAGCUUUACUGAUGGGAAAGAAGAUGACGAAAUAACAGAUAUCAAUAAUACCCAAAGUGGAUCAAAAAGAAGGAGAAGAAGGUCUAGUGCUGUUCAAAGCUCUUCAUCGCUAGAUAAUUUGAAACGUGACAAUUUGAGCACUUCGUCCCUUGCUGUUCCAAAGAAGAAGAAAAAGUCAACGAAAUCAGUCAACAUCGUGUUAGAGAAACUAUCAAAGCCUCUAUCUAUAAAAGACCUAAGAGACCUUGUACUCUUCGCAUUCAGAGACACAAACAAUGCUCCUAGCUGGUUACAAAUUGAUAAUAGGUCUGCUUUACAAAAGAUAAUAGUUCUUUUCGUUCCAGGGUUAUUACCUGAGGAUUUUUCAAAAGAUGCAGAGCAUAAAGAAAAACUCACUAGUUUUGCAGACAAUUUGGAGACUCUAACGGGCAGUCAUACACUUCCACCGACUCUAUUUUCGAAUCCAGAAGCGCAGUGGUAUAAUUUACCUCUAUGUGCACCAGGGUCAAAGAACUCCCUAUUUUCUGCUUAUAACUCUUUUGUUAAUGUUGGGUUAAAUAAGAAGGAAAAGGAAAAGAAGCGGGCACAAUUAUCUAAGAAGAAAGUUGUCAUGGAUGAUCUACUAAUGACUGUGGAUAACUUAAUCGAAAAUGACUAUCCUAUUCAUUUGGAAACUCCUGGUUUAUCAGACGAAUUCAAGGAAACCUUGCAAGAAAAUUACUCAAAACCAGAAUAUAAGGAUUGGGUGAACACCAAAUCUUUUGAACACGAAGCACCACACACAUUUGCAAUUGAUUGUGAAAUGUGUUUAUCGGAUAACGGUCCAGUGUUAACUCGUUGCAGUGUCGUGGAUUUCAACGAAAAAUUGAUUUAUGACAAGUUAGUGAAACCAGACGUCCCAAUCAUCGAUUAUCUAACAAGAUAUAGUGGUAUUACAGAAGAAAAGUUAAGGGACGUCACGACAACUUUGAAGGAUGUUCAAGAAGACCUAUUGAAAAUAAUAAGCACUGAUGACGUAUUAAUAGGUCAUUCGUUACAGUCUGACCUUAAUGUGCUAAAGGUAAGACAUACUAGGAUUGUUGACACAGCUAUAAUCUACGAGCACAAAGCAGGUCCACCGUUUAAACCAGGACUUAAAUAUUUGGCUUCAGAGCAUUUGAAUAUUGAUAUUCAAAAGGAUACGGGUCUCGGGCAUGAUUCGUACGAAGAUGCUAAGACGUGUUUAGAAUUGACAAAGUUGAAGAUUCAAAAUGGAUUAGCAUUUGGGCUUGGUAUCAAUACCGAAAACCUUUUCCAUAGACUAUCACGGAGUGGAGUAUCCUCCAUGAUAUUGAAUGACUCUGCAUCAAGGCAAAGUAAAGUCCUUAAAUCGGACAGCAGCAAUGAGCUACAUGUUAGGUGCAAAGAUGAUCAAAUGAUUGUCGAUGAAAUAUGUGAACACAUCGAGGAGCAUAACUUCUUUGUAGGAAGACUUAGAGAGUUAGAAUUCGCACGCCAGUUUGCAACUUGUAACAAUCCGGACACCAAGAUUGCGGAAUCUCCAGAGAUAGCAAUACAUAAUUUGAAGGAGAGGUUCACAAAGAUAUAUGAACACUUACCACCAUCUUCAAUGCUUCUUGUAUGCUCUGGUACUGGUGAUACUAGGGAAUGGAUUAAAAUCAUGGGUGAGUUGAACAAACUUGAUAAGGAUGUUAGAUUCUCGGAAAAAGCCAAACGUGAGGAGGAAAUACAACAAUCUGUUAAGACUGCUCGCGAUGCUAUAAGUUUCAUGACCGUUAAAGCAAUGAAGCCUAAGCAACUACAGCCACCACAGCAACAACCAUCUAAUGAAAACGGGAUCAACUAA